AUGGUUGAGAUGAACGAGACUAUCCUUCUGUGGCCACACUCCUCUCCUAUUGGACGGCUGGCUUUCAAUGUCGAUGAUGUAGUCAAUGUCACCAUUAUUGAUGAUGACGUCCCCUUAUUCUCAGUAUUACCAGGAGCUACUUCGGCAGCUGAGAGUGACACAACCAUUGUUAACACCAUACAGCUCGUGGAAGGAGUGUUGACGUACCCUAUAGCCAUCACAAUUCAAACAAACGUUACUGUCGUUUCUCCUGAAUCAUUAAACACAGAUCCCAUGUGUCUUCAAACUCGUGGAACAAUUCCUGAGAGUGUCUUCUGCCCUGGUGGCUCUAUCUAUUGCGAGAAUGGAGAGCCAGCCUCUGAAAGCUCUUGCCUGGCCAUUGAGCGUUACUGUGAUGGACAAGUGGACUGUUCCAAUGGGAGGGAUGAAUCUGCUGAAUUCUGUGGAAACUGUAGUCCUGGGACAUUCAUAUGUCCUGGAGAUCCUGAAUUCACUUGUGUAAGCAAUACUCUGGCGUGUGAUGGAAGGGUGGACUGUCCUAAUGGAGUAGAUGAGUCUCCCGAGGCAUGUGGUUGCCCUGUACAGACACAGUUACCGCUUUGCCGCUUCAAUAAUGGGAUCACACAGUGCAUGCUGGGUGUGUUCUUGUGUGAUGGGAUAGUAGACUGUGAUGAUGGGUUUGAUGAGAGUACAACCUUGUGUGGGUGUCCUCAAGGCACUGCCAACUGUGCUAACAGUACUCAGUGUGUGUCUUUUGAUUGGUUCUGUAAUGGAGCUCAAGACUGUGAAAAUGGUGGAGAUGAGAUACCGCAAUUGUGUGGAAAUUGCCCAACUGACGAGAUUCUAUGUCCAAACACUACCACAGUGUGUUUGAGUAACCUUCAACUGUGUGACGGUAUCGAGGACUGUCCUGGAGGCACUGAUGAGGCAUUUGAAUUCUGUGGUACAUAA